GCCUCACUUUCUCUGUUGUUCCUGCUCCUGCGGCUGCAACAAAAUUUCUCAGCUCUGCUCCUGGCAGAGAUACAAAGAACAAGAGAGGGAAAGACGAUGGCAGCGACGAUGAGAGGCCAGAGGAUGCGGGCGGCGCCGUUCCCGGCAGCGGAGAAGAAGAACAAGCUCCGGAAGCCUUACACGAUCACGCGGCCGCGGGAGAGGUGGACCGACGAGGAGCACGAGCGUUUCCUCCACGCCCUCUACCUGUUCGGUCGCGACUGGAAGAUGAUCGAGGCGUUCGUGUCGACGAAGACGAGCGUGCAGAUCCGCAGCCACGCCCAGAAGCACUUCCUCAAGGCCCAGAAGCUCGGCCUCGAGGAGUGUCUCCCGCCGCCGCUCCACCCUCGCCGCGCCGACCUCCUCCGCCACCAGCCACCGCAGGUCCACCCCGACGCCGACACUCUCCUGCCGAGCAUGGACUGGCCAUGCGCGUCGCCUGAGCCUCGUGUCCCGGACCUUCAACACGACAUCGACAUGCUGGUGCCAAACAUGGACUGGGCGUACACCUCGCCUGAAUCUUGCGUCCCGGACCUUCAACAGGACGCGCAAGCCGGGGCAUGGCCGGAUCACGGGAGCGCUUCCCUGGACGAAGAAACCAUCGAGCUCCCGUUGUCUCCCGACGACCUGCGCUUCGCCCAGGUCUACCGGUUCGUCGGCGACGUCUUCGCCUCCGACACGGCUGCCCUGGUGGAGGAGCAACUUCAGAGGCUGCAGCUGGACGGCGUGGACCCCCUCGUCCUAGACACGGUAAGCACUUCAGCUGCUGAGCUCCCGCGUUACCAUAUUCUACCAUCACCUUGCUGGUCCUGUGUGUUCGGCCUUAUCUAACUUGUCUUCUCUCGUGCUUGAUUUGAACAGAUCGUGCUGGUGCUAAGGAAUCUGGAAGCAAACCUGUGUGCUUAGUACUUGCCGAUGGCAUGGUUGUUUUCGAUCGCCCGAGAGGACUGUAUAUACUGACAGUAGUGGGGCUGAAGAGUUAACAUGUGAAAAAACAAUUUCAUAGGCAAUAGGUUCAUAGCUUCGUUGAAUUGGUUCAUUUUGCGUAGAAAACUAAUUCUUUGUGUAAAACGUUGGCCCAUGCUCUUGUAAAAAAGAAUCCGAAUUGGUGUGAACUAAAUGGUUUUCAGAAA